GAUAACUUCCUGUCCCCGCCCGGAGCUCACCACAGCUUCCUGCUGCGGGCAGGCAGGCGCUGAGUGUAGGAGAGGAGGGCAUCAGGGGACGGACCGUCGGGACCAGGGACCAGAUGGAGACCACCUCUCUGGGCCCCAGCCUCCUCUGGCUCCUCGUCCUCCUGUUCCCAGCCCUGCUGGUCACUGCCCUGUGUUUGUGCUGCCGGGACUUUCCGGGCCCCAACUCUGAGGUCCCCUCAACUGAUGGCCCACAGCAGCCAAGCGGAUUAGUCAUCCUCAAACCCCGCUGUGAGUAUGACUGUAACUGGCCACCUGCAGUACCCUGCCAGCCAGAUCUGCUCCCUAUCCCGAGGUCUCCACAACCCCCAGAGCCAUCACGCCGGAUUCCUUCUUCUCGACGGGAUGUAGAUACCCGCAGUGAGCCCAGCUACGAGAAUGAGGAACCUGAGGAUGCUGACGAAGAAGAUGACUACCAUAAUAAUGAAGGCUAUCUUAUAGUUCUUCCAGAUGGCUCCCCAAACUCUAGCUCUGAACCUUUGCCCAACUCGGCACCUAACCUGGUCAGUCCUGGCCUUCGGGAGAGUCCUUCUUCCACCUUGUGCGGAGAGGAUUAUGUGAACGUUUCAGCUUCAGAGAGUACCGAAGUGUCUCUGGGUGGUAGCUGUGAAUAUGUGAACGUGCCAGAGGCCCAGGAGAAAAGAACACCUUCCAGCAGGACCCCAGUGACUGACCAGGAUGGUGAGGAAGAGGGGCCCGAUUAUGAGAACGUACAGGAACAAAAUGGACAUUCUUUCACCUGAGUCCCAGUGUCUCUUGGAUAUGUGGGAAGGGAAGCAUCGGUGGAGUUGCUGACCACCCUUGCCUUCAGAUUCUUAUCCAGACACCGUCCUGAGAGUCAGCCUUUUAACUUAUUGUCACUUUGGAAAUUCCCCUGUCCGGACCUCAUCCCUUAGCAGUCUGCACCUUCUUCUCCUGACGUAGCCUGAGAACAACUACCCUCUCUUCUCCCUGGCCUAUGGGCCGUAGUCCAUCCUUAGUGUAUUGAAAUAAAAUCUAUGACUUUCUAGCUAA